CAUUUUUUGAUAUAUAAAACGCGGAAUACAAAUUUCUCGCCGGAGAAGAAGAUCAGGCGAGGGGAUAUGAGCUCAUUGGCGCAUCAACUUUGUGGAUUGAGGAGUUCCCCUCUUUCUUCAACGCCGAUUUCAACUCGGAAGCGUUUUUCUCCGGUAGUUUCUGCUGCAGCUUCCCCUACUCCCAUUUCCAAUGCGCAGACCAAAGAGCGCCUUAAGCUCAAGCAACUCUUCAAGGAAGCUUAUGAACGUUGCUGUAUUACCCCCAUGGAUGGCGUCUCCUUCACGCUUGAGGACUUCCAUGAUGCUCUUGCCAAUUACGACUUCGUUUCGGAACUCGGAACCAAGGUGAAAGGUACUGUAUUCUCUACCGAUGCUAAUGGGGCACUAGUUGAUACUUCUGCAAAGGGAACUGCAUACUUGCCCACCCAAGAAGCAUGCAUUUUUAAUAUAAGACAUGUAGAAGAAGCAGGCAUAUAUCCUGGUUUAGAAGAGGAGUUUGUAAUUAUUGGUGAACAGGAACAGGAAGAUGACGGCAGCCUAAUUCUGAGCUUGAGAAGUGUCCAGUAUGGCCUUGCUUGGGAGCGAUGCAGACAACUUCAAGCUGAGGAUUUUGUUAUCAAGGGUAUGGUUGUUGAUGGAAACAAAGGUGGAGUAGUUGUUCUUGUGGAAGGCCUUAAAGGAUUUGUUCCUUUCUCUCAAAUAUCAGCAAAAUCAACUGCAGAGGAGCUGCUUAAUAAAGAGCUACUUCUGAAGUUUGUGGAGGUUGAUGAAAAACUAUCUCGGCUAAUCCUAAGUAAUUCCAAGGCAAUUGCCAGUAGCCAGUCAGAGCUAAAAAUUGGGUCAGUAGUUACUGGAAUUGUGCAGAUUCUGAAACCAUAUGGAGCCUUCAUUGACAUCGGUGGAGUUAAUGGGCUUCUUCAUGUUAGUCAAAUCAGUCAAAAUCACAUAUCAGAUAUUGCAGCCGUUCUUCAACCAGGAGAUAUGCUAAAGGUCAUGAUUUUGAGCUAUGACCGCGACCGAGGCCGUAUUAGUCUUUCUACCAAGAAACUGGAACCUUCUCCUGGAGACAUGCUUCACAAUCCAAAGCUUGUUUUUGAGAAGGCGGACGAGAUGGCUCAGACAUUCAGGCAAAGAAUAGCGCAAGCAGAAGCAAUGGCUCGUGCAGAGCUUCUCGAAUUUCAGCCUGAGAAUUCAUAGAUGAAAGAGUGAUUCUGGCGAUUUAUGAUGGCCAUCCUUCACAAUGAGCCUCUCAAUUACAAGGUAUUGGCACUUUGAACUGGAAUAAUUGAUUGUAUUUAUU